UCUAUCUAUAGCUUUUGAAAAUGUGGACACAACUAAGAAGAAACUCCCCGUUCACAUUUUAGAUGGCCUGACUCUGAGCUAUAAGGUCCCAUGGCCUGUGGACAUUGUUAUAAGUUCAGAAUGUCAAAAAAUUUAUAAUCAGGUGUUCCUUCUCCUACUGCAAAUAAAAUGGGCAAAAUACAGUCUGGAUGUUUUACUAUUUGGUGAACUAGCUGGACAGCCACCACUGCAGGAUGGGCUUUUGUGUGGACAGGAAAUGGCUGCCCAGUUUGAACCACAGAAGAAACCAGUGAGGCAGCAGAUUCAUCGCAUGUUCCUCUUGCGCGUGAAGCUCAUGCACUUUGUGAACAGCUUGCACAACUACAUCAUGACCAGGAUUCUUCACAGUACAGGGUUGGAAUUUCAACAUCAAAUCGAGGAAGCCAAGGAUUUAGAUCAAUUGAUUAAAAUUCACUAUAGAUAUUUGUCAACCAUCCAUGAUCGAUGUCUGCUAAGAGAAAAGGUCAGCUUUGUGAAGGAAGCCAUCAUGAAGGUGUUGAACUUGGCUCUCAUGUUUGCAGAUGGCUGGCAGGCAGGCCUUGGGGCUUGGCAGAUGGAAUCUAUAGAGAAAAUGGAGUCUGAUUUUAAAAACUGCCAUAUGUUUCUUGUCACCAUUUUAAACAAAGCCGUCUGUAGAGGGUCCUUUCCCCAUCUGGAGUCUCUAGCACUGUCCCUCAUGGCUGGCAUGGAGCAAAGUUAAAUACCUUCAUGUGAUACAUACCUCGGACUUCAUCUCCAUACAUGUACAGCUCCAUCACAUGCAGCGAGAAAUCAGAAUCAUUUGUUUUUGUCUCUUUUUUAAAAACUGUUCUCUACUGUCUAGACAAGUGGGUUUGUAGGUGUUUUCUCUGAAGCUUAUUAGAUAUCGUAUAGGGUUAUGUGUAUAAAAUUGUAUCAAUAAAUAAUACAAAGUGUACAUAGGCUAUUUACACUUAUAUUUCCUACUGUCAGCUAUAGAUUUAUGGCAUUGUUACCUUUAGAUGUGAAUGACAUUUUUGAAAAUGUAAUUGUUAAUAUUAAAAAUACAGCACCUUACAUUUUUUUA